AUUCUCAUUAUAUGUUAAUCAGGGGUCAAGCAGUCGCACUUUUUUUAGGUUAUCAGUAUAUCUCGGUCACUUUAUCAAAAAACAAAAUGUUCAUUUUCAGAAGGUACAGUUCGUUUCCUAAACUGCCUAAAUGUGAGUUUACACCAGAAAAAUAUCAAGGCCCUUCUUUAGAAAAAAUUAAAUCAAUUAGGAAAACUCAUAUAAACCCAAUAAUCACCACGUAUUACGGUAAACCAUUGGCCAUUCACCAGGGCUAUAAACAAUGGCUGUUCGAUUUAGAAGGAAAAAGAUACUUGGAUAUGUUCGGUGGAAUUUGUACAGUCUCCGUGGGUCAUUCACAUCCGAGAAUUACUGAAGCAGUAAACGAGCAAAUGAAAACACUUGUUCACUGCUCAAACGUUUAUCUUCACCCACAAAUUCACCAAUAUUCGGAAAAACUUGCUGCUAAACUACCAAACAAUUUAAAGGUUAUUUAUUUUGUUAACAGCGGCUCGGAGGCAAACGACUUGGCGAUCCUGAUGGCCAGAUGCCACACGAAAAAACAAGAAAUCAUGUCCCUAAAGAAUUGUUACCACGGGAUGACUUAUCAGACUAUGGCGCUCACUUGUUCUGGUCAUUAUCGAUAUCCCGUUGUACAAAAUCCAGGAUUUUUACGGACUAUGAAUCCUGACGUGUAUAAAGGUUUAUGGGGAGGAAAUUGUUGCAGAGAUAGCCCCGUGCAAGCGGACCGAAGCUGCGACUGUACCAACGAGUGUGAAGCUGGAAUAAACUACUUGAAGCAAUUCGAAAAUGAUAUCACUUAUGAAGCGCCCAAAACCGGUAUCGCAGCUUUUUUUGCUGAAAGUAUUCAGGGGGUGGGCGGAACUGUUCAGUUUCCUAAAAAUUAUAUUAAAGGUGUAAAAGAGAAGGUGAACUCUAUGGGAGGACUGUUUGUGGCAGACGAGGUUCAAACUGGUUUUGGUAGAACUGGCGAGCAUUUCUGGGGUUUUCAAUCUCACGGGAUAGAACCGGAUAUAGUCACCAUGGCCAAAGGCAUAGGAAACGGGUUUCCUUUAGCAGCUGUGGCCACUUCACCGGAAAUCGCUCAGAGUUUAACGAAAGCCACCCAUUUUAACACUUUUGGUGGAAAUCCUGUUUCAUGCGUGGUCGGAUCGACUGUGUUAGACAUAAUCGAGGAUGAAAAUCUACAAGAAAACGCACAUAACUUGGGCAGUUAUUUGCUGUUGGAAUUGAAAAAGCUGAAGGAAGAAAGUCUAUAUAUCGGGGAUGUGCGUGGUAAAGGGUUGAUGAUUGGGGUGGAAUUUGUAUCGGACAGGGUCACUAAAGAACCUUUAAGCUCUGAAAAGAUUAUGAAGGUGUGGGAAGGUUGUUUGGAUUAUGGCUUGAUUGUUGGUAAAGGAGGCAUAAAUGGAAAUGUGUUCCGGAUAAAACCUCCAAUGUGCAUCACCAAAGAAGACGCCGAUUUUACAGUGGAAGUCUUACGACAGACCUUAAAAACUAUUUAGCUAAUUUUAAAAUGGGUAAAAAAAUAAAUGUGUUAAAGGUACAUUAUA